CUCCUCCCAUGCCCUGCUCCUCCCAUGCCCUGCUCCUCCCAUGCCCUGCUCCUCCCAUACCCUGCUCCUCCCAUGCCCUGCUCCUCCCAUGCCCUGCUCCUCCCAUGCCCUGCUCCUCCCAUGCCCUGCUCCUCCCAUGCCUUGCUCCUCACAUGCCUUGCUCCUCCCAUGCCUUGCUCCUCACAUGCCCUGCUCCUCCCAUGCCCUGCUCCUCCCAUGCCCUGCUCCUCCCAUGCCCUGCUCCUCACAUGCCUUGCUCCUCCCAUGCCUUGCUCCUCACAUGCCCUGCUCCUCUCAUGCAUGCUGUGCCAUGGCCCCAUGUGCCACACUCCCUUUUUUCCAUGCUUCACUAGUUCGAUCAGGCAUGGCAGUGCUGCAAAUGUGAAUGGCUUUCAGCUGUUGUCUGUUGGUACUGCUCCCUCGCCCACCCAUGCCAACGCACUUCAGUACAGUCGCACCCUCCUCGUUCACUCUUUAUACAAGGCAAACGCGUCUGCUAGUGAUCCUUACAUCAUGUGCCGUUCUCUCUAUCAUUUUGACUUGCUCACUCUGCAAUGUUCAUCUCGCCACAAUCGGAAGGAGCAGCGGAAGCCAGGCGCCUGUGGAUGAAGACAAAAGAUGCCGACCUUGCGAUGAUCCACAUGCCGACCAGAAUGGUUGCCGAACGAGGAGUUCUGUCGGGUUUGAAGCGCAACCCUCGCAAUCUGGUGCAGGCAUUGGGUUUUAUUCCCCGCACAAUGCGCCUCAUGUACGUGCACAGCUACCAGAGCUUUCUUUGGAACCAUGCAGCCUCACACCGCAUCAAGACAUAUGGCUCAACUCGAGUGGUGGCAGGAGAUCUAGUGCUCUGCUCUCCCUCUGCUGCUGCUGCCACCACUGCUGCGGCCAGCAAUGCUGUGGGCAUAGCAGCUGCAGUUACUUCAGCAGGCGGGGGUGCAGAGGGAGGGGGGAUGAGGGGCACAGACGCCGAGGCGGAGGCAGAGGAGGCAGCAGCAGUGGCAGUGGAAGCGAGGGCGGAGGGGGCGGAGGUGCGGGUGGUGAGGCAAGAGGAGGCGGACCAAGGGAUAUACUCCAUUGAUCAAGUGGUGCUGCCGCUGCCGGGGGGCUCCAUCCAGUACCCCACCAACUCCACUGCUGAGGUCUUCCACUCUCUUGCAGCCAAGGACGGCAUUGACCUCUUCAGGAGCAAGCACAGCGUCAAGGAGUACUCCAUCGAGCGCAUCCCAGGGGGCUACAGGCGGCUGCUACAGAUGCCGUCUGACUAUAACUGGCGUGUGCUGGCCUACUCACGUCCAGCCCAAGUGCUGGCAGAGACUGACCUCGACCGCCUCGCUGCUUCCGCCCUCUCCGCCCCACACGCCACUGCCCCUCCUGCACCCCAUCCUGCACCUUCCCCUGCCUCUGCGCCUGACCCUGCCGCCCUUGCUGCCCCUACCUCUACCUCGGCUCCUGCCCCCGCCUCUGGUGCGCCAGCAGCAGAGACAGCAGCAGCAGCAGCAGCAGCAGCAGGAGGAGGAACUGCUAACGGUGACGCCCCUGUUGUCAUGGAAGCAGCGCACGUGUACUAUGGAUUCAAGCAGCCGGGGUAUAAGGGCAUGCUGAAGCAGGUGCUGAGGGGAGAGGGGAAGGCGGGGGCUGCUGCUGACGCUGCAGCAGAGGAGGAAUCUGGGGGAGAGGCGGCAACAGCAGCAGGGGGAGACGGAGCAGGAGCAGCAGGAGCAGCAGGAGCAGUGCCAGCAGUGGUGGUGUUGGCGUCUUCAGGCGGAGUCAGGCUGGGGAAGGAGGAGCUUGAGCGGCUGGGGAUUGGGGAGGAACCCAUCGGAGGGCCGGUGGGGGGCAUGGAAGGGAGUGCUGUGGGAGAUGGAGCGGUGGAAACAUGUGAAGGCAAGGAGGAGGGGAGUGAGGGCGGUGGGGGCAAGGUGGGAGCAGGGGGGAGAGGAGCAGGAGGGGCGGAGGGAGAAGGGAGCGAGGGCAUGCGAGUGGCUUUGCAGGUGGAGUUCACCCUGCCUGCCUCCGGAUAUGCCACCAUGGCCAUCCGAGAGCUGCUCAAGGCAUCCACUGCGGCGGGUGCACACAAGAGCUUCAAUGAGAGGACAGAAAGCAGAGCUUGAUGCGAAUGAUACGAUGCACUGUAGAUUGUCCAAUUGUGGUUGUUCUUGGCAUUUACCGCUUCUUAUUUUCAUUUGUGUUCACUGUUCACUAGUUUAGGCCUUCGUAACACCAUCCGUGGUGGAGCAACCUGUGAUUACUACGUUAGGUGAUAAUGCCAUGCAUCCCUCGCAGUUGUGUACGAUAAAUGGUAUUUGGCCUUGAUUAAGAAAGCUUGCUUCUUGUU